GAAGAAAUAAAAAUUACACAAUUUCAAUUAGACAGUGCCAUCUCAGAGAAAUCGUUGGUAUUGUGUAGAGGUUGAAGAAGGAGCUCCCACCAUUCAGAAUCUAUUCGCUUCAUUGGGUAGAAGAUAAAGUGAAUGUUGUUCAACCUUCAACUGAUUAUGAAGAUCAAGUAGCAAUAUUCCAGUCUCAAUGGCAGUGACCAUCUUCUGUGGCAGCAUCAUUUAGAUCUGGAGUACAGAGACAAAUGGAUUUAACUUGUAUCAAAGUCUGGGAAGGAAAAGAGAUUAUUAGGAACAGAGAUUCCAUAGAGAUGAGAUUCCACAAGGACCGGCUAUUUCAAUGAGAGGAUACUUCUUUAAGAGGGGAACAUCUUGUCAGCUUUGACUGAGCUUUUCUCUAAAGGGAUGUGAAGGAGUUCCAGUUCCAGUUUUUCAGAUACAAACUGUGAACAUUAACAAUGGCUGUAACAAAGCUUUCUGUUCACACUGAGGGUUUGGGGGGUUGCCUCAGCUCAACAGAAGGUGCUAAGCAGCUGGUGCAACACAAGAUAGAUGAUGACGAAGAGGGGGAGGGGCAAAACAUAUUACUCACACCCUUUGAAAAACUUACUUAUGACAUGAGGAACAACAGGAAAGUGAAAAAUGAACUAAUGCUUGGAAAAAGGAUUGGAUUUUACAAACUCCGUGGAGAAAUAGGCAUUGGGAACUUCUCAAAGGUGAAGCUUGGUAUACACUGCUUGACGACAGAGAAGGUGGCAAUUAAAAUCAUGGAUAAAAAGCAACUGAUCCAGAAUUCACGGCAACAGUUCAUAAGUGAAGUUCUGACUAUGGAGCAACUUCAUCAUCCAAAUAUCAUCCGGUUGUAUGAGAUGCUGGAGACACAUUCUCGACUGUACCUGGUCCUGGAGUAUGCAGAUGGAGGGGAUCUAUUCACCAGAAUCUCCACGCAGGGACGACUCUUGGAAUAUGAGAGUAAAUUUAUAUUUGUUCAGAUUGUAGCAGCUGUCAAACAUAUGCAUGAGAACAAUGUGAUCCAUCGGGAUCUCAAGGCAGAAAAUGUGUUCUAUUCAGGUACUAACUGUGUGAAGGUGGGUGACUUUGGCUUCAGUGCACUGUCUCCUCUGCAUGAUCCCUUAGACACUUGUUGUGGCUCCCCUCCGUAUGCAGCCCCAGAGCUGUUUAGAGAGAAGAGCUACUUUGGAAUCCACGUGGACAUCUGGGCUCUGGGUAUCCUACUGUACUUCAUGGUGACAGCAACUGUUCCUUUCUGUGCAGAAAACAUCAGGACGCUGAAAAAGUGCAUUUUACGAGGAUCAUACACAAUUCCAGCCUAUGUAUCAGACUCCUGCCAGAAACUAAUCCAUGGAAUCCUUCAAACCAUUCCAACAAACCGUUACACCCUGACCAACAUCCUGGAAAGUCCAUGGCUGAAGGGAAUGGAAUGUCCAGAGCCAUACCAACCAUUCCGCUUGAAUCCAACCCACCUGGCCAGCUCUGUACCUCUAAACGAAGAGGAAAAGGAGGUGAAGAAAGCAUUGAGGAGCCUGGGAAUCACAGAGAUGCACAUCUACAAUAAUCCUACUUGGAACUGCCACAGUCCCAUAACUGGGACUUACCGCAUCAUUCUCCACCGUUGCCAAAAGAGGCACUAUUCAGAGGGUCCUAUCAUGGUGAACAAUUGUCCUGCAAGAACUAGGCUGAAUGAAAGCAAGAAGAGGCGUUUCAAAGCACGUGCACAGACCUCUAAGAUGUGUCUGAUUCUGUAAACUCAGCACACACACCAAUGUCAAACUAACAAGUCUUCUUCCAGACAGACUAACAUGAAAUAUCUUGGAUGCAACCUGUAACAAAGAUAUGGC